GCCAUUUAUGAAAGUGGUCUAUUAAACCAAACAAAACGAAAGAAAAGAGGGUUAAAACAGAAUAGGGCUGUUGAUAUAGAGUUCCAACUUUUAAACUGAUUUUUAAACGAGCAGGCCAUUUUCGGCAUAUUAGAAAUUCAAACUUGACUCCGAGGCUUGGGGGAGUGAAACAAAAGAAAUCACAUCGCGGUGGAGGGAUGAAUAAUUCAUUUCUUUUGUCUUUUUUCCCCAAGCCUCGGAGCCAUGUCAGAAUUUUAAUAAAUCGAAAAGCGUUUAACACUACAAAAAUUAAAUUAUCACAGUUAAAUAAUUUAUUCAGUAUUUUCUUGUUUCCUUUUUUUAUCUUUGAAAUUUCGACAGAAAAUGCACUGAACCGCCGUUGUUUAUUUGAAAUCAUCCAUAAACACCUUUUUAUCAACCGUACUCUUUUACGUUUACCAGAUUAAAAAAAAAUUGCGCAGUGUUGUAAGAUUAAGUCACCUCAGUGUACAGAAUAUUUUCUUUAAUUUACGAGCACUAAAACAGAGACAUCAGGACCUUCAAGAUGUCUCUCAACGACGUCGCCAAGAAAGCGUUGAUAAAAGUUUGAUUUCUGUCUUUUGUGUGAAGUUCGAAACCGAUGCCGUCUCAAACGAAGUCGAACCUCCCCUUCAGUAUAUCAGAAACGAAAUAAACGUGCCAUGGGAGCUCCCGCGUUCAAAGCGUGCGCCAGUAGUGGGUUUCGCAAUGUUGUUUUGGAUAGUUCAGCAGGGAAUGUACCAAGUUUUAAAACGCACGCGCACAGCUUUCUUAAAGUCUUUAUUUCUUUAUUCGCGUAAAACAAAGAAAUUGUCUUAAAAUAGCCGUUAAAACAACGACUAUAGCUGGCGAGAACAGGUGUUGAUUGUCGGUUUGAUGUGUUAUUUCUCGGUUAUUGGUGGAAUACACAUCGCAUACUGUGCAAACAGUUGGCCAGGAAACACGUUUGAGAGAAUGGGGAACUUCCCCACGAUUUAUACACUGAAAGGGACUCAAAAAAUAUUCAGAAUCAGUCGAGGGAACAAACCUUUCCAUAGUGAAAGAAAAUUACUGAUUGAUUUUUGAAUUUGCGGGAAGACAUUUCUACAGUGGCCAUUGUCAAUAAACGACUGACUAAAAGGUGAUAACGAAAGAGCAACUGGAUUGAAUUUCCAAACUGAUUUUAACAGCAAAGUCAUGAGUGAAGCUUUUAUUUCCGCAAAUUUAUUUGACAAUAGUAAUUUCAUCCAAUAAAUCAAGAAGGUUCGCGUCUUGAGACGCGAACCUUCUUAAUAGAUACGCAAUAAGCCGUCGUUGCAUGAACGUUAACAAAUUCACGUUCGGCAUUGGCCAUCGAUGGCUCUAUUUAACUGUUUUGUCUUAUUUUUAAAGAUUAGUCCGUCACUCUUUUCUAUCCAUUAACUGCCAUUCCGUGCCAUGUACUGUCUCGUGAUUAAAUACAUCAUAUGUCCCUUAAAUAAUCUAAAAAUGUCAAAUUGGUUUUCCCGUAUUUUUGGUGGCCAAUCGAUUAGUUGCGAAAAGUUUCCCACUUAAAUCUGUAUCCGCAUUGCGUUUUCAGUCUCACGUCUUACGAGCACAGAAGAUUUUUUUCUUGUGUUUGCUGAAGCAGAUUGAAGAUCUUCCUAUUAUGAGUAUUCUCAAAGAUUUAGUUAUGUAAUAAUUUCCCACAAUAUGUUACACGGCACUGUUCGCUCGUCAUCCAUAGAGCUUGUUAAGUGCUAAGAAAACUCUAAUAUCGAUAAUUUUUCCGUAUCUUGUGGUUAGUCAAUUCCCGAGCAGAAUGGGCUUGGUUUUACCUCUGGAAAGGGUACACCUGCCUGUUGCAAAUUAUAUUCUUCGAAACUGUUGAAAGUGUAUUUAAAUCCUUGUUGGCCGAUAUUGAUGUCUGGUAUCGCUACCUGUCGGAAAUUCGUGCCAAAAUUCGACCACAAAUUUCAACAGUUUUUUUAUAAAAUUCUAAAAGAAGUAAAAUCCAUCUAUUUAUUUGAGAUUUUGCCCAACUAUGAUUCUCAUUUUUUUUCUUUUGUUAGCCAAAGCUGCGAAUCGAUUGGACGCUCUUAUUGGUUUAAUUUCCUCUGAUCGAGGGCGCCGUGGGGCUUUUUUUGUUUUCUUUACUUGUAAAUUUGUAACCCUGGACAUCGCGUGUAAAAAAAGGAGUGGCGAGAAAUCCUUUGUUUCUUGCCCAACACUCGUUAACACCUGCAGCUCCCGGACAUUUUCAACAAUACCUUUAAUUAAAAUUCUUACAGCAGCAGGAGAGAGACGCAAUUCGUAAUUUAUUUUGUACAAGCGGAACUUCUUCAAGUCGCUUAAUAAUGUAUUUCUGGUACCUUAGAUCUCACACCUUUCUUAAGUUUUGGCUCCUUCGCAGGAAAUGUGGCGAUUUUCCGAUCAAAAUUUUGCACCAGAAAGUUCGCUUAAUGAGGCUAUGUUAAUAACCAGUGUGGAUCAGCAGAACUUGGCAGUUUAUUGCAUCGAAGGCUAUUUUGACAGCGAUUGAUUGACGACGACGUCUUUAAAAUGUUGAGCAGCAUUAGAAACGCAUCGAAAAUGUGCUGGAACUUGACAUCUUUUAUCCACUCAAGUGUUUGUAACGAAACGGACCAGACUCAAAUUUCAGUACUUCCUGAACAACCCUCAUUUGACAAGGUUUAUCGACUGGUAACCACUAUCCUGUUCAGUGCCAUUCUUGUGGCAAGCCUGGUAGGGAACAGCCUCGUUGUUUUUACAAUCCUUCGACAAAGAAGCAUGAAAACUCCAUGUAAUUAUUUUAUCAUGAAUAUUGCUCUUGCAGAGCUGGGUGUUGGGCUAAUCGCGGCUCCCUUGCGUAUUCUGGAAAUAUUUACCUCGUGGCCAUUUGGGUAUUUCAUGUGCCGCUUUCUGUGGCCGAUUCAAGAUGUGUUUGUGUGCGUUUCCGUUCUCACGCAUACCGCGAUAGGCCUUGAGAGGUACAGGGCUAUAGUCAAACCUUUUAAUCUGAAAAUAUCUUUGCGGAAAACCAGAGUUAGCAUUAUUAUUUUAUGGUUAGGAUGUUACGGCGCCAGCGGAAUACCACAAUCCUUUUUAUUAGAAUUGAGCGAAGUUAUGCCAGGCCGUAGAAUGUGCUUGCUUCAAUGGCCGUCGCAGGUGUUCCGUCGUUGUUACAUCGCCUAUCUAGUCCUUGUCUUUAUAAUGGUACCAUUGGCUGUUCAAACCUGUUGUUACAUUAAGAUCAUCACUGUUUUGAAUAGAAAAAGAGAAUUUGGGGCAUCUGCGCGCAUCGUUUUCAAGAACAGCGACGAACAUGAGAGACAGAAACAAAAUAAAAGGCGUCUUAUUCGAAUGUUGCUCACGAGUUUGGUUGUCUUUCAAUUGUGCUAUCUUCCUCGUGGUACUUUGAUGGUCGCUCUUGAAUUCCAGCCGGUUGAAGUAAUCAGGAGCAGUCAGACUAUCGCCUAUGCAGAAUUAAUUUUCCUGGUUCUGUACUACUGCAAACAUGUUGUAAAUCCUGUGAUAUUGUUUCUAAUGAGCGCUGAUUUUCGAAAGGCAUUUGUAGCCGGUGUAACGGAGUGUGCCGGGAAACCAGAUCAUAGUCUCUUUAGUCAACGGGAAAGUAUCGGCCCAGAAUCGCUUCAAGAAACGUCAGUUUAGAACGAGUCAUUCAUCGAUACUUUUAAUUUUGUGUUCUUUCUUUUAUGAUAGUUAGUGGAAAAUCACGAGAAAUUCUAGAUAGGAAUUACGGUAAAAUUUUUGCACCGGGGCCUGGCAAUGUAAAGCACUUUAAGUUCAGUAGGGUCGAAGAAUGAAUGUCACCUUGCACUCCGAUGUGAAAAAUAGUCUAGAGGGAAUGGUGGAUAAAAUUGGCAUCUCUAUUGAUUUUUAGUACACAAAUGGUCUCACGAUUGUACAUGUGAGUAUUGCAAACUCUGCAGUGACGUUUUCGAUUCGCACGCAUUUAUUAAGGAAUAUCUUUAGUAAUUGAUGGAGGACUUUUUCAAGAAUUUUAUUGGAGUGAGGCUUCUAAACUUUCCUUACGACUAACGGUUAAAACUUUUCAAAUUUUACGCCCAACUCCUAAAUUUUUUUGCCGUUUUAAGGCUAACGGUUAACCCCAUUUAGACUCGCCUCUUUCACUGUGUUUGCAUAGCUUUAUAUAAACACUCUGGGGAAAGGGGGGGAGGGGAGGGAGGCUAGGAGAAUUUUUGAAAGUUGUACACCUGUCUUGCGUUCUGCCAAUCUGCCAACCCCCUUUUGCUUGAACAUUAAAAUGAAGUAUAUAACAAAUAUGAAUAUGAAUUUUUUUCGACAUGUAUUCCUCUUAUCAAGAAACUGUGCAAACAAUAGUAUAGUUUUUUGGCCGCUAAUUAUGGAGUGAGGCAGUUUAUAAAGCAUCUUAGAUUCUACAAUGAAAUACAGAAACAGUAUAUGAAAUUAACAUUUGAAUCACUUAGUACCAGAGCCACUUGUACUAUUGUAUUAAAUCCGCACAUUUAAAAUGUCUUUUUAAAAGUUUUCUAUUAUUUACUUCCAGUGAUAGGUGACAGUUUAGGCGUGAAAACGUGUUGACAACACAUAGAAUCUUCCUAACUAUAAAUUGUGAAAUCGAAAAUUUGCAAUUUAUGAAUAAACACUCUGUUAUCGUG